AUGAAGUUGCUGCUGGCACUCUUGGUCUUGGUGCUUCUCGCCGUGCCCACUAGCGGCGCGAGGUGGUUGAGCCGCCUUCUCGUUGUCCGCAGGGCUGCGGCGCUUUGGAACCGCCGUCGCCGCAGCCGUCGCCGAGCCCCGGUGUGCAAGGACGUGCUAAGCGUAGUCCCUAAACAUGAAUGGAAGUGCACACCGGCCAAAAAAAAACAUGUUUGGAAGAAUGUUACCAAGUGGCACAAGACCAAAAAUAAUGUCACCAAAUGGACAAAUGCCACGCGCAACGUGACUCGUAGCGAAAGUGUCGAGUACACGCUGCCGGUCGAAGACUUCAUUGGCCUUGCAAAGGAGCACAUCAGUGAAGACCUGCUGGCAUCUUUUGAGGCCGGUGUUGCUUCCGAUCAGAACAGGAACUUUGGUGCCACUUGUACCGAUACAUCUGAGCCAGUGGCUCACGUUGGUUGGGGCCCCAGCCAAGCAGCAAAGUCAACGCUGAUUUGUCAACUCCGCAAGAGCCCGGAAGAUCUGUGUCCAGAGAUUGGCGAUGGCAGUGGUGAGUCAGUCACUACCACCGUGUCAGUGUGGGAUUCGAUCGUGGGGAUCAUGGUGGACACCAUUGGGCUGGGCGACUCCUUGCUGCGUUACUCCAAAGAAGAAAUCGGAAAGCUGGUUGCAGCUGCCAUGGGCCGUAUCGCUGCAGUUGACGUGAAACGGGUCAAAUUCUUGGUCUUUGAGUCAUUGGCCAAUGAUGCUUUGCAGCUGAGAGACACCCUCCUGAACUUGUUCAAGAUUUUCGGCGAGGAGGUCAGGAGCAGCAUCAUUGUCAUAGCCACAAAGCCGAACAUGAAACCCGGAGAGGCUGGUGUCAAGAGGCUCAGGAAGAUCCAAGAAGUGAUGUCCCAGCAGGGCUUGCGAGAGCUCGUCAUCUGGAAUGGACCGGAGAGAGAUGAGACAAGCGUUGACGACUUGAUGGCUGCCGUCGGCAGGGUCUCCAGCGUGCCGAUUUCCGAGCUGGAUGACUUUUGGGAGCGCGUCAUGCGCAAAGCCCAAGACUUGUGCGAACACCAAAGUCCCAGGACCAAGAAUAUCACCAUUCAUGUUCUCGAAGAGUACUUGGUGCCUGAGACGGUUGAGGAGGAAGUCGAGGUGAACUACACUGAGCCGGAAAAGUUCCUGGAGCAAUACGAAGGGGAAAACUGCAGUUAUCAUGAGAUUACAGAAACCAUCAAGGUGACCGAGUGCACAUGAACAGUGCACCGACGGCCAGCUUUUUGGCUUCGGGGCUUCCCGAAAAAUUUUGACGUCGACGACCCCCAAGGAGUUCCUUAGGAGUUCCUUAGGAGUUCCAAAAGGCAAAGCGCAAGGUUUGGUAGACCGCGCUGUGUCAAGACUUCAAUUUCUCUGAAAAA